CCGUGCCCCGUCGGUUCCUUGGACCCCGCCGGAACGGAGCGAUGGUUAUCCAUGUGCUCUAUGACGCCUGCUGCCCCACCUGCUUGCGGGCCAUUCAGCUGGUCACCUUCCGGGAAGACACUCUCAAGGCGGCGACCACGGAGCUCCACCCCUGGCCCUCCGCGGGGGCGGAGGAGGUGCUCAGAGGCAUGGCCUUUGGUGAGCGGCCUGCAUCGCUGCGGGGCCGGGUGUGGGCGAAGCUGAGCAGCGGCUUGGUGCUGCCCAACUGCCAGGAGGAUCCAAUGCGCUUGAUCUAUGAGAUGGAGUACAUGGCCUUUGUCCGCCUGCCCACUCCACAGAUUCGAGCGCAUGUGGAUGAGAUCGUCGUGCUGCCGCUUGAGCGCGCGCGGCAAGAUGCGAAGGGCCGCGCGCGUUGGUGGUCCUCCCCCUCCGCGCUGCGCUCCGCUGCGCGGGCCUUGGCCUCGCAGCACUUCGCGGUCUUCGACGACUUUCUGCCGGAGGCGACCUGCGAGGCCUUAGCUGCGAGCGCCAGAUCUGCGCGCCCAGAGAUGCAGCGGGGCGCCACCGGGGCAGCAUCGAAGGCGACGGGCACAGAUCUGGCGAAGGUCCUCAACGAGCCCAGCCGCGGCGAUGUGGUGAAGUUCUGUGAUGAUGGGAAGAUGUCCGGCUGUCCAGAGCUUUUGGACGCGUUGGACGCCCUGGUCGAGGGGCUGCAGGGCUGCGAGGAGACGAGGCAGCGACUGAGAUGUGUGGACUGGGCCAAUGGCGCCAUGUUCGCCAUCUACCCGGGCAAUGCCUCCAGAUACAUCAAGCAUGUGGACAACACGCUGGGCACCGACGGUCGGUGCUUGACAGCAGUGCUCUACCUGAACCGUGACUGGACGAAGCAGCAUGGUGGCAGCUUGCGGCUCUUUGAGCCUGGCAUGCAGAACUGCCAGGUGAAGCGGGAUGUGGAGCCGAUUUGGAAUCGAUUGGUGGUCUUUUGGUCGACGCAGGAGGUGCCACACGAGGUGAUGGCCUGUUACAAGGAUCGCCUCGCCAUCAGCGUGUGGUUCCUCUGCGGCGCCCAGAGCCUGCGGAGCCGGGAGCCCUUCACACGGCUCUUCCGCCCGGAGAAGCUGAGGUGCAUCGCUGGCCGCGACCGCCGUCAGAGGUUGCUGCAUGCGGCGGCAAAUCAGAACGAGAGGGAAGCUUUGGCCCAGCUGCCUUUGGAUUGCACCUUCACGCAGCAGCAGUUGUCCGAGCAAGCCAGGAUCUUCCACUGGCGCACUGAAGAGGAUGUGCAGAAAGACCAGGACACAGAGCAGGACCUGGCAAUCCGCACAGCAGUGGCCAAAGCGCUGCAGGGCGUGCCAGCGGCAGAGGCCUUUCAGGCGGCCGUGCCAGACAAGAUGCAGAGUGCCAAGUGCUCAUUGCCACUGCGCUUCGAGCUGGUGGAAGACUUUCCCUUGCCCAGGAGACCUCAAGAUGAUCCCUGAUGUGAUACUAUGCUGCGAGACAAAGUUCUAGCAUAUCAAGGAGGUGCUGUCCUUUUUCAAAGCUGCCAGGGUCUUGGCAGCUGACACGGCUGAUGGCUGUGUGGCCUUCAACAAGUUCACGUUUGAUGCCACGCGCGAAUAUCUUUUCUAGAGAACACACGGAAGACGGAAGCUUCCUGACCGAGUCAGACCAGACAGUAGAGGUUGUUUUCAAUGGCCGUGUCAGUUGCUCACUAUCACCUGCCCAUGACAUUGGGUGAAUCUGUAUGUCGACAUAGAAAACGGAACAGACUUACCGCAGAAUCCUCUGAUAUUGUUGCCAGAUCUUAGGCUGUUUGCCAGUUAUGGAAGCAUCUACAAUGAUCAUGAACUUGACACAGAGUCUCCUUUGACAGAGUUGGUGCGCGCAAACGUGCCGCUGCCAAUGCUGUUUGGUGUGAAGGGCUUGGAUGAACAGGCUAGCUGACGCCACCAAACUUCGGGGCCACUCGAGGGGACGAAUGAGUGCAGAAUGGAGAGCAAAAAGAGACUACUCUCAAAUUGCCGUUGUUUUCAAUCAGAAGUUGGGCAAGUCAGACGUUGGGCUUUGCGACGUCAUGGACGU